AUGGAUGGGUUUGACACCUCCAGCGCCCCAGCGGAAUACCAGGACAUUGCCUGGAUGGCUCAUGGUCUCAUCUUCGGUAUGGGAAUUGGAUGGGUCAUCAACUAUGUUGGGAUGGUCUACAAAUCAUUCCAAGACCGUACUUAUGGAAUGGCAAUCAUGCCCCUGUGCUCUAAUAUCGCCUGGGAAGUCGUAUACGGUCUCAUCUAUCCUUCCAAGACCCUCGUUGAGCAAGCCGUGAUUCUGAGUGGGCUGGCCAUUAAUCUCGCUGUCAUGUAUGCGGCAAUCAAAUUUGCCCCGAACGAGUGGGUUCAUGCGCCCCUGGUGAUGAGAAACCUCCCCCUCAUCUUCUUACUCGGGAUUAUCGGGUCCAUCACCGGGCAUGUUGCGCUGGCAGUAGAGAUUGGGCCUGGUCUAGCCUACUCGUGGGGAGCGGCCUUCUGCCAGCUAUUGCUCAGCAUUGGCGGGCUCUGUCAACUGCUCACGAGGGGAAGAACCCGUGGAGGGUCGUAUACUCUUUGGCUUUCCCGAUUCCUAGGUUCCUGCUGCACGGUGGGAGUUGCGUGGGUGCGUUGCACAUACUGGCCAGAGGCGUUUUCGUGGUUGAAAAGUUCACUCGUACUGUGGUGCUUAGCUGUUUUCUUUUUCGUGGACGCAUCCUAUGGUGUUUUCUUUUAUUACAUACAGAAAUUGGAGAGAACCAAUGGCAUUGACAGCACACGCAAGGAUGUCUGA